AUGCGAACGCACCCGGUGUUUUACGUCGGCUUUCCCAAGCCUUAUCUUGAUCCGUCGCUGGUGGAUUACGAGGCGCUUGUGCUGAAAGUGGUGGCGAUGCCACAAGUCAAGGAACUCUCAAGAGAAGAUCCAGUUGCCCUCCAAGACGCUCCACUCAUUCACGAAGACCAUGCACUCGUUCACUAA